AUGUCUCUUUCCGAGGAUGACGACGAUGGUUUUCCGUCAUACCAGCCUUCACUUCUUACCUCAUCUGCUCCUAUCACUACAGCUGCUGCAUUAGAGACUGAGCCAGUUGUCAGUUUAAACGAUAUUAUUCUUCAUGUAAAAAUUAAAUAUAACUAUAAAGAACUUCACAAUUUUAUUAACGAUCUAUCAGCUCCAAAUGCAGACAUGACACUAAACGGCCGAAUAUUAUCUGUAUUUGAACUUUUUACACUGUGUCUGUUAAACGAGCCAGUUGAUAUGAGUAAACGAACUGAUCGUAAAAUCUAUCGGCCAAUGUUCAACAUCCAGAAGAACGAUUCCUUUAUUACUCCAUUUAAUUUUAAUGUUUUGCUGAAUUUACUGGAGAUCGAGUAUGAAAAUGGAACGGAAGACAAGUUUCCGAAAGUGUGGAAGACAUUGUCAAGUACAAACGUUACAGUCAAGAAGGUAGAGUUACUGGAAAGCGACACUGUAGCUACUGCUGCAGACACAACAGCAGUCCAGCCAGCAGCUGCUAAUGACAUCGGUGCAGUAAUGUUAGGAGACAUACUGGAAUUGAUUUGUCGACAAAAAAAUUACGAUGAAAAGGAAUAUGUACCUAUAUGGCUAAAAAAUCUGAAAGCUGAAAGCAUUCUCACACUUGAUCAUCUGCGUAAUGUGCCAGAUGAGAACUGGGAUAAAUUAACUAAGGUUAACUCUGUUCUUAAACAGCUUCUACGAGAUUACCUGCAAAUCGAUUCAAAUGCUCUCAAUCAGCAGUCAACUGUCCCGUACGAAGAAUCAAAAGCAACACUAUUAGCAGAUAUAUAUCGUGUUCGUCGUUAUUUCUACUAUGUCAUAAAGAAGAUUGAUCUUUUACCAUAUCUGUCCAGAGACGCAGUUAAGUUAGCCGUUGAAGAAAUAGGAAAGACAUACGAUGAUGAUGGCAAUAUCCUCAUUAAUAUUCAGAAUUAUUUGAGUACUUUCUGUUCAGAAAAUAGACUCGAAGAUAGAUUAUCAUUACAGAAACAACAGCGAGAGUGGACUACGAGUCUAACAACGUUAAAAAAAAUUAAAGUAGACUUGGAAAAAGAAAUCAGUCGAUGUGAAGAGCUUCUGAAAACUUCACAAGCGGAUGUAGACCUGUAUAAAGACCGUAAAGAAAAUCUACCAAGUAAGGAAAGAGGAAUGAAUGAAAAAAUUAAAGUUCUACGUACGAAGGCAACAACAAGAGACACCGAAUGGUUAACGACUCAUUUAAAAAUAGAAGAGUUAAAGCGAGAAUAUGAAGAUGAAAAACAGAAAACUACAGUAGAAGUCGAAGCACGUGAACAGAUCUUCAAGAAACACAGUGAAAAUCAUUUAAAUUUGGUUACAAAAGCAACGUCGAUCGAAGAAGAAAUUAAAAAUUUAGAAAAUAUGCUUAGUUUACAUUUGGAAGAACAAUAUAAAAAGUUAAGAGUCAAGUUUAGUCGUGGCCUUUUACUCUACGGCCCACCAGGAACUGGAAAAUCGGAAUUAUUGAAAAAAGUUGCUGUCUUUGCCGGUAUCACAAUGAUCACUCCUCCUCUCUCUGCUGGUGAACUUAAUAAACCAUUAGUUGGACAAACAGAAAAACUUCUCUUUGAUAUGAUGUCGCGUGCACAUUUAAUUCCCUAUCUUAUCUGUGCAUUGACAAUUGAUGAAAUUGAUGGCCUCGUACCGAAACGAGAUAGCAAAGCUCAACAAUCAAAAGUUGAUGGUAUUUCUGUUCUUCUCUCACAUAUUGAAGGUAUUAAAGACGUUCAGAAUUUGGUUGUCUUCGGUGCUACGAAUCGUCGUAAUAUGAUGGAUGAAGCAUUUCUUCGUCGAAUGCAAACGAAAGUCUUUGUUGGAAGGCCAUCACCAGCAAUUCGUAAGAAAAUGUUAAGUCCAUUGAUUGUUAAAAAUUCAAAACUAUUUACAUCAAAACGACUUGAUUCCCUGGUAAAAAUAACAACAAAUUUUAGUGGUGCUGGUAUUAGUGCUCUCAAAUCAUCGGUUAUUGCUGAAAUGGAACGAAAUCCAUUGAUUAAUGAUCAUCGUCUAUUGGAACUUGCUGAUAGUACAGCUAGUGAUUUGAACGUUUGGUUUGGUAAUAGCACAUUACCGGAAAUUUAUCGUUUGAAUUCAAAUCUUUUCAAUAUCAGCGACGCAAACGACAAGUUUUCACUAUCAUUAAUGAAACUCUUACCAACUGGCCGCAUUCUAAUCGACCUUAAGCAGCGUAGAGUUUUUAUCGAAUUAAAAAAUGCACCAACAAUAGAAAAAGCGCUAGAAAAAAAUGAACUAUCCGUUUUACCCCGUUUAAUACAUGGCUGUUCUACACGUAAUAUUGAUACUCUUCAAAUUAUCGAUCUAAACUUCCUUAUGAAACAGAAUGCCUAUGAGGAUAAUCAAAUAUUUGAAUUAUUGAGUACAACUUUUGAUGAAUGUGAUCAGUAUAAUCGAUCGAUGAAGGUCUAUGAUAUUGAUUCUCUUAUUAUGUUGAAUAAAUCUGAUUCAGAAAUAAAAUCAAAGUCUAUUUCAAAUAUACGACUCUAUCAAAUCAUUCGUGAGACAUGUGGUAAAAUGAUGAUGGAAGAACAGGAGAAUAGAGAGGAGGUUCUUAAUGUCAAAGAAAAGUGGAAUGUCAUUAUCGUCGAGGACGAAUAUUUAAAAGACUUGUUGAUCAGUGAUAUUAAGUUUAAGAAGACAUCUACACAAUUGAAACAAGAGGAAGACAGUGAAGAAAAACGUCGAGAUGAUGAAAAGUCAAGAAAAUGCCCUAAAUGUUUACAAAAUUAUAUACCGUCAAAAACAAAUUAUGGUAACUGUCAUUAUCAUGAUGGUUUUGUAGUUGAUAUUGAUCAUCCUGAUAGUAGAUUGACGGAUGAUCAAGCACAAGCUCUCAUGCAACGUGCAAAAUUCGGUAAAGUAUCGGAACAAGAUGUGCCAAAACUGGUAUGGGCAUGUUGUCUACGGAGUCAUGCGUGA